CGUCUCUCUCUCCCUCUCUCUCAUUCCUCACCUUUCCUCGCUACAUCAUCAACGCACCAUGCGCGCCACCACCGCCGCGCUGACGCUCGCGUGCGCCCUCGCCGCCACCGUCGUCGAGGCUCGCAGCCCAGCGCACGUCUUGGGACCCAACAGGAAGCUACCCGAGGUGCCGCGUCCGCGGAGAGGCGACACGGCCAACUUCCGCAAGGCCGUUGACCAGAGCCAGAACGCAAGGAGGGGCGUGAGCGACUUUAUUGUGCCGCAGAAUGCCAACACUACGAAGUUCGCUGUCGAUGGGACCGCUAUCCCAGAAGUCGACUUCGACGUUGGCGAGUCUUAUGCUGGCUUGCUGCCCAUUUCUGACAAGGCCAAUGAGACGAGCGAGCUUUACUUCUGGUACUUCCCGUCGUCGAACCCUGAGGCCACGGACGAGAUCACCAUUUGGCUGAACGGCGGUCCCGGCUGUUCGUCCCUGGAGGGAUUCCUGCAAGAGAACGGCCCCGUUCUGUGGCAGUACGGCACCUACAAGCCGAUCCAGAACCCGUGGACGUGGGUCAACCUGACCAACAUGGUGUGGGUUGAGCAGCCCGUGGGCACCGGCUUCUCGCAGGGCGACCCGACCGCCUCGAGCGAAGAAGAGGUGGCUGAGCAGUUCCUGGGCUUCUUCAAGAACUUUGUCGACACCUUCGCCCUGCACGGCCGCAAGGUGUACAUCACCGGCGAAAGCUACGCCGGCCUGUACGUGCCGUACAUUGCCGACGCCAUGCUGAACACCGAGGACAAGGAGUACUACAACCUCAACUCGAUCAUGAUUUACGACCCCAGCGUCAGCUACGACGUCCUGCUGCAGCAGAUCCCCGCCGUGCCCUUCGUCGACACGUGGGCCGGCCUCUUCAACCUCAACGACACGUUCAUGGAGGACAUCCACGAGCGUGCCGACAAGUGCGGCUACACGGACUUCCUGGAAAAGAACCUCGUCUUCCCGCCGACGGGCCCGCUGCCCACGCCGCCCAAUGUCGACAACAACGAUCCCUCGUGCGACGUGUGGGACGCGAUCUACUCGGCCGUGAGCCUGACGAAUCCGUGCUUCGACAUGUACCAAGUCGCCACGACCUGCCCGGUGCUGUGGGAUGUGCUCGGGUUCCCUGGCUCCUUCGAUUACCUCCCCGAGGGCGGAAGCAUCUACUUCAACCGCACCGAUGUGCAAAAGGCCAUCAACGCGCCAGUGCAAGAAUGGGCGGAAUGCAGCAACGGCGUGCUAGACCGGGACACGUCUGCCCCAUCCGGCCUCUCCGUCCUGCCGGGCGUGAUCGAGCGCGCCGAGCGCACCGUCAUCGCGCACGGCGCGCUCGACUUCAUCCUCCUGGUCAAUGGCACCUUGCUCACGAUCCAGAACAUGACAUGGAACGGGGCGCAAGGGUUCCAGGAAAGGCCGGCCCAGCCCUUCUACGUGCCCUACCACUCCGACACGAGCAAGAGCACCCUCGCCGCCAGCGGCGUAAUGGGCACCACGCACACGGAGCGCGGCCUCACGUGGGUCGAGGUCGCCCUCAGCGGCCACAUGAUCCCCCAGUACCAGCCCAGCGCGGCGUUCCGCCAGCUCGAGUUCUUGCUCGGCAGGAUCGAGUCACUGAGUGUCGAGUCGGGGUUUACGACUGAGACGGGCGCGUAUGGCAAUGCUGAUGGUGCGGCGAAAAAUGCGACGAAUAAGGCGGCCAGGAGGAGGGCUGGCUUGGAGUGGUAGGUUGGUUGUGGUGGGUCGUGUGUGGACUGUAUAUAUGUAGCUAGUGCUUGGAUGAAUAAUGACGGUGAUGGCAACC